CUCUCUUUCUUCUCUACCUGCAAAACAACAUAGGCUGAGGCACCCUGGAAGGCUCAGUCCGUGAAGUAGUCUAACUUUGAACAUCUGUAGAUUGCAUUCUUCAGUUCCUAAGAGACUUAUUAGCUUAUCUUCACACACACACACAUACACACACAUGCACAUGCACACACAUGCACAUGCACACACACGGACAGUCCCUUUCAACACACCAUAAAGAAGAAGAAAAAGAAGAGAAGAGGAGGAGAAGAGAAAAACCCUUACAUCCUACCCUGUAGAAGACCUCAGAAUCCUGACACCCCUGAAGAAACUUCCAGCAAACUGUAUUUCCUUCCUAUUUCUGGUCUCUUCAAUCAGAGCUUCCCUUGUGAUACAGAGGCAAGACCAGCAAAGCUUGUGUUUCUAAGGUAGUCUCAAUUUUACUUAUUACUUUCUCACAGUUAAUUCUAAUAUAUUUUUCUAUGUUUUUGGCUUUUGAAACUACUACAGCUUAUAGUAUCAAACAGUGUAUUUUCAAGCUGUCUUAUUAUCAUUUUAUCUGGAAUAAGAUACAAUGGACAAGUUUUGUUUCUUUUUCAUUUUUAACUCAUGGUAAGUUGAAGGCAUCUCUUUACACCAGUGGGAAUAUAUUUUCCUAUCCAGAACAUGGUGUAUGCAGGUGGAUAUUAAUGCCUAUUUCCUAAAUACUAUAUUAAUAUAAAUGUCAUUGAGAUUGGGAUCAUUACCACCAGAUCAAGAAAGUACUUCAACAGCAAGACAUGAUAGUUCACAUGUAUGUGGGAUGCACACAAAGUACUCAAAGCUCCUGUCAUCACAUAUUAUCUUUUGGAGAUAUGUGUUUGUCAUGAAUCAGUAAAUAAUUGAUCAAAACAUCAUAAUUUUAAAGUUCUUUGGUUAUGACAUCAUGUAAAAGUAUAUAUAAAAUACACAUACUUUUGCUUUAGGCAAAUUGCUGUUGAUAAUGAGUUCUAAUCAUGUCCUUGAAUCUUUGCAGGUGAUCUAGCUGUGAUGGUUAGUUUCAUGUCAGUUUGACACAAACAAGAGUCAUUUUCUAAAGCAGAGCUUUGAUGGAGAAAAUGUCCCUACCAGACUGACCCUUGAGCAUGCCUGUGGAGUAUUUUUCUUGAUUGGUGAUUAAUGUGGAGGACCUAGAUCACAGUGAAUAGUGCCAUCCCUAGGUUGGUGGUCCUGGGUGCUAUAACAAAGUAGGCUAAACAAGCCAUGGGGAACAAGCCAGUAAACAGAACUCCUCUGUGACUGAAGAGGAAAGUGUUUAUUUUGGCUAAACUUCUAUACCACAGUCUACCAUUAAGUGAAACAAGAGGCAGGAUUUUAAGGCUGUAACACUUUCCUUACCAGGUUGUUUAUGGCCAUUGUUUUAUCUCAGCAAUAGAAAUCCUAAGAUAGUAGUCUUCAUGUCUGAAAGUUUACAGAGUGGUCACUUUUUAAAAUAUCUUUAAUCAUCUUAAGGUCAUGUGUCAUUAGAUGGAUUUUCCUUCACUGUCUUGGCUUUUUCAACCAAUUGAUUCUUAACUUUUCUUAAAAGGAAACCAGUGAACUUUUCUUAAAAGGAACCCAGAAAAUGUAACAUUUCCAUUAUAUAAAAGAUACAAAAAACAUAAUUCCUAAACCAAAUCAUUUAUAGAUUUAAGCUAACUUGGAAUUUAUUCAUAUGCUGAGUCACCAAAGAAGCACACACGCAUACAAAAAAAAUUAGAUACAAAAUCAUAGAACAAAACUAUAUUCUUUUAAGAAUUUUGGAAAUUUCCAGAAGAUGUCUCACUUUUUGUUUCUUCUUAAAAGUUGCCAUAAGGAGACAGAAAGAAAGAAAUGUGAGAAUGACGAUGAUACUCUAAUUAGCUACAUCGCAAAGCAGACAAGUGAUGGAAGACUAAACCCUAAAGCUUCUCAUACUAGGCAUAAAGAAACAAAUACAAAGACAGUGAAGCCUCCCAAGAUAUUUUAAGGAGCAAGUUUUUUUGGUUUUUUGUUUUGUUUUUAACAAAUUGAGAAACUGUUGGAGGCUUUAAACUGAAUUUUAAAAUGGUUUAUAUACAGAAAACAGACUCAAUGAACAAAUAAAACUAACUCAUGGCAUCAAAGGCUAUGAAACACAAAGGAGAAAAAACAAGCAACUCUUGACAUAAUCCUGCCCAAUAAAUUCUAUGACCUAACUAGAGAGUACGUAGAUGUUCAGCAUAGCAGAAGUCAUAUGGGCACAGAGGAUCUUGAGACCAGGAUUCAACACCAUGGGAAUCAGAAUGCCAGUGAGAGAUGUGUAGAGCCAAGUGGGCAAGUAUCAUUGCCCCCAGCAUGGGCCAUUUUGUUGUAGUUAACCGAUAUUUAUGCACAGGAGAAGAAGAUGCAGCCCCUCUGCCCCUAACCCUAAGGCAAUAAUAGUAUGAGAAGAGUCAGAAACCCCCAGCAGCAGGCAUCUAGGAAUAGGCACUAAUGACUUUAGAAAGAAGAUCCAGAAUUUCAACACUUCUGGUGGUAUAAAUGAGAAUGGUUCAAAUAGUCCCAUAAAUUUCAGGUCCUGGUCACCAGGGAGUGGUACCACUUGAAAGGAUUAGAGGGUGUGACCUUGUUGGAAUAGAUGCUACCUUGUUGUAGAAAGCAUAUCAUUAGGGAUGGUCCCAGUGGCUCUCUCUUCCUGAUGCCUGUGGAUCCAGAUGUAGAACUCUCAGCUGUUUCUCCAGCACCAUGUCUCCCUGCAAGCUGCCAAGCUCCCCACCAUGACGAUGAUGAACUAAACCUCUGAAACUGUUCACCUGUAAUUUGAGAAAUGGUGAAUGAAUACAAGAAAAUUGUUCUUCUAAAAGGACUAAUGGCUAUCAGUGACCAUGAUUUUAAAAUGGUUAAGUCCUUGUUGAGCAAAGAACUAAAACUAAAUAGAAAAAUGCAAGAUGAGUAUGACAGAAUUAAGAUUGCUGACUUGAUGGAUGAAAACUUUCCAAAAGAUGCUGGAAUGCACCAACUGAUAGAACUGUAUAAAGAGAUGCCAGGACUCAGAGACCUUGCCAAUAAACUCAAAAAAGAGAAGGCAAAAGUUAAAAGGAAACAGAUGGAGAGAAACAACACUGCAGUAAGAAGACACAUGCGAGAUGAACCCAGUUCUUCCCAACCUAUGUCGACCACAAAUGAAGAUUUGGAACCAGAAUCAAGUAGGAGUACACUGAACUCACAGGUUCCUCACUUAUCUACUGCAACUGCUUCUAAAAGGGAUCAAGUCACUCAAUUGUCUCCAGAAAUAUCACUAAGAGUCCAGGCCCGCCAAGUGUCUCUAGCAACAGCAUCCAGCAGUUCCAAGGCCCCUGGAAUGUCACAAACAACAAGAUCUAGCAAUGCCCAGGUCCAUGGAGUGUCUCCAGCAACAUCAUCCAACAGAGCCCAGGCCCGUGCAUCAUUUCUAGCAAUACCAGUCAAGAAACCAAGACUAAAGACUGUACCAACUCAACCUUCCGAGGUACAUGGUCACCACCAAGGUCCCAAACAAGUGAUGGUGUUGAAAGCAACAGAACCAUUUACAUAUGACAUUAAAAGAGAAAAAAGUAUGUUCCAUGCCACAGUGGCCACUGAGACUGAAUUCUUUAGAGUGAAGGUGUUUGAUAUUUUCCUGAAGGACAAGUUCAUCCAAAACAAGGUCAUUACCAUCUCAGAUUAUGUCGGUCGCAAUGGGUUCAUAAAUAUAUACAGUGACUCCAGUGUGUCAGAGGUAUAUGGUAACCAAUCAAUGAAAAUAUCAACUACACUGAGGCAAAGAGCCAAUGCAACACCUAAAAUCAAUUAUCUUUGCUCAAAAAGAAGAGGAAUAUUUGUGAAUGGAAACUUUAUGGUAUACAAGAAAAAAGAGAAGAAGGACUGCAUUUGCUAUGAAAUUCAAGAUGAUACAGGGACAAUGGAAGUGGUGGUCUAUGGACGCCUGACCAGUGUUGACUGUAACCCAGGAGAUAAACUUAAACUCUUGUGCUUUGAAUUGACAUCAGAUGAGGAUAAAGUGCAGCUGAGGUCUACAAGGCACAGUAAUAUGAAGGUAAUCAAGGCUAGGAAAAGAGAAACAACUGCUGUGUCUCACUUCGACUAUUGAACUUCACACUUCUGAUGCUUAUAGUGAUAAGAUCCAGUACCAACUACAGGAAAAUGUCAUAGGUAUAAGAAAUAAAAGUCAGUUCUUUGCUCUAGGAAAUGGUGAUUUUAAUAUUAUUCUUUCUAUGUUGUUUUAUAUUUUAAUUGAAUGAUUUGAUUUUUAUAAUGCUUAUACUUUGAAAGAAAAAAAAACAUUUUCACCUAAAUCUUGAGUUUGUUACUUGCUAAAACUGGGUCUGCAUACCAGGCUGUGGUAAGAUAUUGUUUAUGAUUUCUUAAAGCUUGCCUGGGGAUUCAGAAAGCAAAGCAGCCAGCCACUAGCUCUCACCUCUAUCUCAGGCUGAAAGGGCUGACCCAUGCAUGAGCUCUUCACCAUGUCUCAAACUGCUGCCUCUCCUCAGUGUGACUAGAGAACAAAUUCAUCUCUGAGACCUUACUUCUGUCUUACAUGCUUGCCUAAUGUUGGACUUAAAGGUGUGAGCUGUAAUUCUCUUUUAGACUGAUUCACUCUUUUGUAGAUCUGGGUGGCCUUGAACUCAGAGAUUUAUCUAUCUCUUAAUCCUGAGUCCUAGUAUUAAAGGUGUGUACCACCACCUCCUAGCUUCUGGCUGCUGUGAUUUAAAGGAUACCUGGCUUCUACGACCUAUGACUGACUUUGCUUUCUGAAUCCUCAGUCAAGCUUUAAUAAAUCAUAAACAAUAUCUCCCACCACAUCAAGCCACAGCUGGAAGAAACUCAACACCCCUCCCAAAACUCCAUAGCAACAUGCCCAUAACACUGACCAGAACCCCAUCAUAUCUAUCCUGAGGGAGGGGCUUGCCUGCCAUGCUGAGUACAGUAUCCCCAAGUAUAGUUUAUUUGUUCUGCAGUUGAACUCUGUUGUAGAUUUGUGUAAAAACAUAUUCUUUUCUGAAAAUAAAGAUUUUCAUGUCUUGAAAAAAAGAAAAAAACUUGGUCUGUACCUGAUCCUUCUUGUUCCCAUUCCCACUCCCAUCCAGACCCCUCCCCAAUGGACCUGCAAGGUCUAUUCUAUUUCCCCUCCACAGUGAGAUUCAUGUGUUCCCCACUUGGGCCCUCCUUGAUGUUUGGCUUCUCUGGGUUUGUAGAUUAUAGCACGGCUAUCCUUUGGUUUACAGCUAAUAUCUACUUAUAAGUGAGUACAUACCAUGUUUGUCUUUCUGAGUCUGGAUUACCUCACUCAGGAUGAUCUUUUCCCACUUCCAUCCAUUUACCAAAAAUAUUUCAUGAUGUCAUCAUUCUUAACAGCUGGCUAAUACUCUAUUGUGUAAAUGUACUAUUCCUUGGUUGAGGGACAUAGGUUAUUUCCAGUGUCUGGUUAUUAUAAAUAAAGCUGUUAUGAACAUA